AUGCAUACGGCACGACAGAGGAUCACUAAUCUGAUAAAGAAUAGCCACAAAGUUUCUGAUAAGUACCUUUGGUACCCCGUACCCCGCAAAGAAGAUGCAACGCUGUCUGAGAAUGGCCUUCCACUCGAGCAAAGAAAGACUGCUUGGAACCAGCUCCACAACCACUUAUUCUCCUAUCAAAACACGUUUCUAGGUUUUCAGAUUAACCAAAGUUUUGAUUCCGAAAAAGCGAAACCAUUCUUGAAUAUCGCACUCAACAAUGAUGGCGAUCCAUUCUCACCAUCAUCACAAGACGCCAUGAACACUAAAGUCAUGGAAUGUGCUGUGCUGGAUUAUUUCGCUAAAUUAUGGCGGGUACAGCAAUCUUUCCAUUCAAACGAGGCGGAACGUGCAUACUGGGGUUAUGUAACGGCCAUGGGAAGCAGCGAAGGAAAUAUUCUCGCAUUGUUCAACGCAAGGGAUUAUUUAGCCGGCAUGCCACUCCUUCAUCCCAUGCUGAAUCUUGACGGCUCCAAAGUGCCAGACAGAGAUGUUGAUCCGAAUCAACCAAUCACGGAAAUGCACGGGCAUUCUAUGCUUAAUGAAUAUGUUGCAUCUCACGAUCAUCGCAAUGAAAAGUUAACUCAUACACCUCGGAAGGACAAUCCGAACAAUUUUACACCGGUUGUGUUCCUUGCUGAAGAUUGUUAUCACGGAUUUGAAAAGGCAUUACGAGUGUUACAGAUGAAAACAUUCUGUGAUAUUGGCAGUGGAAAUUUUUCUUGUCCGUUGAAAUACCCAGACGACUACCCUAGUAGUUUCAGUGAUGAAUUUCUCGAUCAAAACGGUUGGCCACAUGCAGUACCUGUAGAAGCCGAUGGCUCAAUCAGCAUCCCUUGUCUCGUGAAACUCGUCACCGCCUUCGUAUCGAGAGGCUUUCCUCCGCUGGUAGUUUUUACAUCCGGUACCACAUUUAAAGGAGCUAACGAUAAUCCACAAGCUGCCAUCAAUCAACUGGUGCCAAUUUUGAAACAACAUGGUAUGUAUGAACGCCGCGUUUAUUCUCCAGAACACCCAACUAAAUCUGAUAUUCGCAAUGGAUUUUGGUUUCAUAUUGACGGCGCCUUAGGCGGAGCCCAACUCCGGUUUCUCGAAAUGGCAAUAGAUGAAGGUUUGGUUGACAAUGUGUUUCCAAAUGGUUUUCCAGUAUUUGAUUUCCGUAUUCCUGAAGUGAAAUCUAUUGCAAUGAGUCUACACAAGUGGUUUGGCUGCCCUGUUCCUUCUGCAGUAUUUAUGAUGAGAAACAACGAUCAAGUAAGACCUCUUGACCAACCUUUGUUAAUCGGUGGUCUGGAUAGCUCUCUGUCUGGAUCCAGAGGCGGACACAGUGUAUUAGUCAUGUGGGAUCUGCUUUCAAAGAAAUCUUACGACGAUUUUAAAGAAAUAGCCGCAGACGGAGUGCAAAUGGUGGCCUUUUCACUGGAAAUGUUACAAGAGCUCCAAGAGGAACUUUCCUUGGACUUGUGGGUGUCACACACACCUGGUUCAUUGUUUAUUUAUUUCAGAAAACCAAGGGAAGAUAUCGUGCGCCGUUAUUCUUUGGGUUCGAAACCGAUGAAAGUGAAAACUGUGGAUGGCACGUUCGAAGAAAGGAUCUAUUGUCAUAUUUGCCUAAUGCCGCAUGUAACCAAGAAUUUAGUUCUGAAGUUUGUCGAAGAAUUGCGAGAACCUGGAGCAUUUGCAAUUGAUAACUAACUUAUAGCAUUAUAAUGAUACAUUUUGGACCUACUUGUAGACGGACCAUAGACAGCUGUAUAGGCCGCAGCGCUUUUAUAGUAUUUGGAAGUA